AGCGCACCGACUCUGCGCUCCAGUCCGCGGCUCUCCAGCGGAGGAGCGGAGCGCACACAGACAGACACGCUGCCGGUCUUUUGCGCAUGAACAGCAGUCAGUGCCUUCUGUUCGACCCGCUUCGAAGGUUUGAACACUGACGGAUCUAAACCUAACCAGCAUUCCCUUCCAAACACAGGAGAGCAGCGGCGACGUUUGGAUACACGCACCGCACAAGCACGGGGAUGUGGAUCAUAAAGUUGGUGUUGAUUUGGACCUGCUGGAUCGGAGUGAGCGCGGACUUCGAUCGCAGGUGGCCCAGACAGAUGGCCUCGUCCAAUGGGCUGUGUCGAUACGGCGCCCGCAUCGAUUGCUGCUGGGGUUGGACACGUGUCUCCUGGGGCCAGUGCCAGCCUCUCUACGUCUUAACCCGCAGAGUAUUCGGGAUAAGGUGCCAACCCCAAGCGGUAUGUCAGCACGGAUGCAAACAUGGAGAAUGCGUGGGACCCAACAAAUGCAAGUGCCAUCCAGGUUACACAGGAAAAACAUGCAACCAAGACGAGCAGGGCUAUGUUAGCCCCCCAUUAUGGCACAGUCGCCCUCCCGUUUUUGUUCCCAUGGACCACCAGCCGAUUGCGGUGCCUUCGGAGGACUUGAACGAGUGUGGCCUGAAGCCUCGGCCGUGUAAACACAGGUGCAUGAACACGUACGGGAGCUACAAAUGCUACUGCCUAAACGGCUACAUGCUGCUGCCUGAUGGGAGCUGUGAAAAUGCCCGGACAUGCAGCAUGGCGAACUGCCAGUACGGCUGUGAGGUAAUGAAAGGAGAAGUUCGCUGCCAGUGCCCUUCUCCAGGUCUACAGCUGGCUCCAGAUGGCAGGACCUGUGUGGAUGUGGAUGAAUGUGCCACAGGUCAAGCGGUUUGUCCGCGGUUCCGUAAGUGCAUCAACACAUUUGGGAGUUACAUCUGCAAGUGCCAUGAUGGCUUCGACCUGCAGUACAUCAACGGGAAAUAUCAGUGCGCAGAUGUGAAUGAAUGCUCUUCAACUCAACACCAGUGUAGUCCAUACGCCACCUGCUAUAACACACCUGGUUCAUACAAGUGCAAGUGUAAGGACGACUACAGAGGUGUGGGCUACGACUGCAAACCCAUCCCAAAGGUGGUAAUUGACCCACCACGACCUGGAAAGACCACUCCGAGCAACAAUAACAACAAAGGGGGCAAUAAAAUUCCAGGCUCGGACCAGAAGAGGACCACCACAACAAUCAGACCACCUGUGACGGCUAAACGGAUCUCACCUACAGCAACAACAAUAACCACUAAACCUCCUCCAACCAAAAAAAUCACCCCUCCAGCGAGAGUCCCAACGACCACCACCCGUAGGCCUCUCAUCCCGACACGUAAACCCCCUGUGGUGGUGACAACCAAACCUAAGCUCCCAUCCCGUCAGCAGCCUACCACAAAAGCCCCGGUGGUUACAGCGGUGGUUCCCUUUAUCCCAACACGCAGACCUUUCAUCCCGUUUGUGACGCCAGUUGAUAACAGCAUUAAAGACAUUACCCAGAAACAAAGAGGGGAUGUUCACAUACCACGAAAUCACGGGCAGAACAAUGUGCUUGAUAUCGAUUUACACAUUGAACUGGGCAACACAGAAGAGGAGCUGAAGGAUGACCCAGAGACUGGACAUCUGAGCUGCUCUUUUGACCACGGUCUCUGUGCAUGGAUCCAGCGCAGAGAGGGAGACCUUCACUGGGAGACAACAGCAGAUCCUUCAGGUGGGCGUUACCUGACGAUCUCAGAGGGCGGAGAGAAGCGAGGUGGGCGUGGCGCUCAGCUGAUCCUCCCCCUGAUCACACCCUGGAACGAGGGGAACCUCUGCCUGGCCUUCAGACACAACAUGGCGGGGCACCACGUGGGCAUGCUGCAGGUGUUCGUCCAGAAGGGACGGCAGCACAGUCCCGCCGUCUGGGGUCGAACGGGAGGAAAUGGCUGGAGGUCGACGCAGAUCACCAUUUGGGGCAAUGGGCUAGAAAGCGUGGUUGUGAAGGGCGAGCGGCGGAGAGGCCGUAAAGGCGAAAUAGCUCUGGACGACAUGAGUCUCAAACGGGGUUCCUGUCAGGAAGAGCACAAUCUGAGGAGACUUUAACACCACCAACAGAGACUUUUAAUGCCAGCUUUACUCACGGGACUCUAGGAAGACGGACACUUUACAGAAAGGGACGUGGCUUCCUGUCAGUCCCGGUACCGUUAUGGUGCACUUCCUCUGGCCUUCCUCAGUGGCUACAAGUGCAUGUUCCAGCUCAAUACAGUGCUGCAGGUAUGACAUAUUUUUGUAGGCCAAAUCCUGGAGAUGAGUUCGCAUUUUAGUACUUCAGUUUCCAUCGUCCUUAAGUCAAUGGUUUUUUAUUUAAUGCAUGGUUAAAAGCAAGCUCAAGAUAUUUUCGCAUUUUAUUCUAAGGCAUAAAAUGCAUCAGUAAAACCCUCUUGUGAUUUUUAUUUAAAGCUUUUACUUGUCUUGAAAAAGGCAGUCGCUAAGUGGCAAAAUAGGUCUAUAGAGGUUGUCAGGGACAUUAAACGUCAUCGCGCUGAACAGGUAAACUCAUCUACUCGCUUGUCGCUUUCACAGCCUCGUGUUUUUAAUGGCGCUCUUAAACUAUUCUAACUCAAACUUUCAGGGAAAAUGUUUAAAAAAAAGACUAAAGUUUUAUUGGAAGUGUAACGAUGGUAACGCUGAAAUCAUGCGAUCGUUGUGUAGUUUGUUUACCUUUUUACUUCUGGUGAGUUGUGUUCAUUUGUGAAGAUUUUCACGAUGAAUGAAACAUGUAAGAAUCACAGACUUUUGCUGGUCACAGACCUUAU